AUGUCUGUGGCGUCUCUCCAUCGUGAUACCGCCUUUCAGGUGCGGUCGUUGUUCCGCUCCCUGCUGCGACAAUCGAACCAGUUCUCCAACUACAACUUCCGCGACUAUGCUCGCCGCAAGACGCGAGACUCGUUCCGCGCCCACAAAGACGAGUCGGAGGAGCGCCGGAUACAGGAGCUGAUACAGGAUGGUCUGCAGAGCCUUCGUCUGCUGAAGAGGCAAACGGUUAUCAGCCAGUUCUAUCAGUUGGACAAGUUGGUGGUGGAAGGCCAGAAGACGGGCAAGGAGACCGGAGACCACGGGGGUAUUGUCCGCCAGAAGGAUACUGGGGGACUAGAAACUGCAGUGUUGCUCAUCAUGCCAUCGACUUUCAGAGCCUCCCGCUCAGGGCGACACCUCGACAACGGCGCUAACCGCUCCCGAACCGGCCAAAUCGAUCACGAUGUCUUUGAGGGAUUGCCUGUCCGCCGCUGGUCGCGCCAGCCACACACCGUCUCUCAAGCGCCCAAGGGCGAAGAAUCUGAGAUAUGCGUCCAAGGCCCCGGCGGAACCACUGCGCUGCCGGAGCUGCCCAUGCCGCGAGACAGCCAGCUCCUGCCCGCAAUGAGCCGCGCCCUUUUGCGCGCUGCGCGUGCGGGAUGUAUCUAUAUCCGCCCGAGUGGCCGGGCAGCUGAGGAAGAGAAGGAGGAGGCGACAGAUGCGGAGGACCAAAAUGCAGCGACGGUCCACCUGGCGGACCGCAGCUUCAUCAGCCGCAAGUGGACGACCCUGCCUAAGCAUAUGGAGCCUCCUGAAGUAGAAUUCUUGGCGAAGCGGCGGCCAGGGCUAUCUUCGUUAUAUGGUACUAGCGUGGAGGCAGGUGGCGCGAUACCGGGUCCCAUGAGAAAAACGAAGAUCAAGAGGACGGAUCCUGAGACUGGCAAUAUCUCUAUAUACGAGGUCUGGGUGCCAGAGGGGCAUCACAUUGAAGGCGAGAUUACGGGUGAUGUGCAGAUGAUCGCGGAGCAAAGUGAAGUUCCUGUAAAGGCUGAGGCGCCUGCUCCAGGAACGGUCGUGGAGGGCGUCGGUGUCGUCAAUGCCGAAGGUGUGGUUGUUGCAGAGGCUGGCUCGGCCUCUGUCAUGACCCCGCCCAAGCGCCGGCCGCCUCCUCCCAAGCGCAAGGGGGCCGAUGCUGCAGCAGUACACGGCGUUGCUCCUGCUCAUGGAGCCGUCGACGGCGCCAAGGAGGGAGAGGAGUCGCGACAGGUAUCAAACGAUCAGUCUGGUCAAGAAGAGGAUGAUGACGAAGGUGAAGAAGGCGAUGAGAGCGACGAGGGUGAUGAGUCUAUGGUGGACGCAAAGACCCCGGAGACCCCCCAGGCUCCGCCUAGCUUUGAGUCUGCGGAAGAGCCGGCAGUUGAAACUCCUGCGGAUCAAUCAAAGGAUGUCGAAAUGGCUGACGCUAUUCUUGAGACGCAAGCUCCCGUUUCAGAGCCGGUUGUUGCUGGCCAAGAACCUCUUCUACAACCGCCGACGGGACCUGCCAUCAUGCAAGCCGAGACCCCUCAAAUGGAUGCCGAUGUGUCUGCAUCUGCCUCCGCAUCUGUAACGCCUGCUCCUCCUGCGGAACCUACUGCCGAAGAUACCAAAGAAUCGAGCGAGCAACCUGUCGAGAGUGCACCUACAGAACGCAUCACACCCGCAUUCGAAUCAACAGAGGAGCCAUUACCGAAGGAAGAAUCACAAGCUCCAGAACCUGUUAUCGAAAUGCAGCAAGCUCAGGAGCUCGCCGAUAUUACGCCAAGCGAAGUCAAGCCAGAGCCUGGGCCUCAGCCUGCGGAAGAGAGCGUACCAGCUCCUUCCACCGUCAGCCCCGAGGAACCCAUUGAAGAAACACCAUCAGAACCUGCGAAGCAGCCGGAACCGGAACAGCCAGCAGAGGAGGUACCGGCGACACAGCCGGAACCUGUUGUCGAAGAAUCAGCUCAGCCAUCAACUAACGAGCAAACCCCCGACCGUGAACCCGUUCAUGCUCCCGAGCCUACAAAAGGUCUAAGCACUCUUGAGCCUGCUCCUGUGCCGAGGGAAACAAAAGAAGAUAUUGAAAUGGGCGAGGCACCUCCUGCAGAGGAGUCCGCCACAAGGCAGUCCCCUGUUAAACGAGCCUCCCCUGCACCGGCUGCACCGGUUGAGCCUGAGAUUGAACCCACCACAACUGAGGGUAAUGAACCUCCUACCCCUGAGCCCUCCGAGCCUGUCCUCGCCGAAACAGCUCCCGCUGCAGAGCCCCAGUCAGAGGAGCUGCCAGCAUCAGCAUCAGCAUCAGCUCCAGGUCCGGAAGAUGUCCUUACGGAGGCAGCCCCUGCUCCCGAGCCGUUGAUGGCGUCGGAGUCCAAGUCCGAGUCUGAGUCAGAGGAGAAGAAGGAUGAACAAGAGCCUGCCCCUCCUGAGUCUGCAUAG